CGCGACUGCACAAUCCUACACAGUUUUUUGGCACACGUCAACAUGACGUCAGAAGAAGUUGGACACUUUUCUAACUGGCAUGAGUCUCGCGGUCAUUACCGGUGAUCGGUUCUGCGCAGAUUUUGGUCAUCUCAGACAAGCCAAACCUCGCGGUCGCGGGCGGGGCCCUAGGCAACCGCACGUACCGCCUGCUGGACGGGCUGGCAUUGGGUCCAUACCAAUAGGCUCGUUUGACAUUUGCUAUUUUAUUUUUAUUUAUUUAUAUUGUCACAAGGAAGAAGAAGAAAAAAAAAACCGGUAUGAAUUUCAAACGAAACUUGAAUUUCAAACGUUUCGAAAAAUAACUCCUCUAUACCUUUAGAUGGUGAGCCUUGGUUCUGAUGAAUAUCAUCCCAGUUUAUUGAAUAAUUAUCUCCAUAAACAUAGAUGCUACCUAAGUAUGAUUAUAACUGUACAACGUUAUGAAAAAAUGCUGCUGUCUAAGUAGGCAGUUCACUAGGUUUUGAGACACAGCCAGUGUUCUCUUUUCUUAUUGGCUCUGUUCUCCUCAUGCUAUGCUAAUUCCUGUAUAUGUGUUUAACUGAGGAUUAACUAACCUACCCCUCAAAAUAGGCAUUGAACUGAAGGUUUACCAUUUGCGCUAAUAAGUGACUAUUGGGAAGAUUUUAUUAUUAGCGGGUCCGAGCACUAGUUGUGUACUGGCUAGUUAACAACAGUUAGCCGGUUAGCAUUAGUGUAAAAUCAAAUGAUGGAGGAUACAGACACAGGGGUGGAUGCUAAACUAAAUCACUGGAUUAAAUCACAAUUGGAAUGUUUUCAUGUGGUUACAAUGACAGACUAUACUCGUAGUAGAGAUUCAACCUAAGCCUACUUUUCCUUUGAGAUGAACAGGGAUGUUGGUUAGAGGUGGAAAUGGCUCACGCUUUCGGCGGAUCACAGGAGGGACAGACUGACACCAAAACAAACACACAUAAGCUAGCAGGUGCCACGUUCACCUUUUAAUCUUUUUGUCCUGUGGCUUAUUGUCUUGAAAAGAGGAUACUGUCACUAAUACCAACUUUAUUAAUGUUAACAGGCUUUUUAUUUGUUACUUGCCGAAAUGGAAUUUUCUCUAUUAUAGAUCAGUGACUUUUCUUCGUUUUCUUUGGCUUCUAUUUAAAUUAUAGGAGGCACUUCCGGUUUGGGAAGUUCCAUUCGAAAAGACUGAUACAAAUGAUUAUGACUCAAUGUUAAUGAACAUUUUUGAUUAAGUCAACAUAUGUUGCGUAAUAUAGACAUAUAUUAGGCUACUGCUGUGAUAUUUAAUAUGUCUGCAAUAUUGCUGAGGAAAUACUUGAGCUUUUUGGGGUUAUUCAUGGUAAGCUAAAAGUAGUUUGUUAAUGCUUUUACACUUUUAAAAUUCCUUUCAAUUAUUGAUGCUUAAAGGGUGAGUAGAAUAAUGUCACCCUGUGCUCAAAACUCUUAACUCAUAACCUUUCAUUGAUUGUUUAUAGUGCAACAGAAGUUACUCGCAAUUUGCGCAAAACAUCAUUGGAUGUAGGAAAAAGGUGGAUAACUGUAAUGGCAAUGCUGAAUUUUUAGCGGGCAUUACUCCAGUUUUCAGUGUGACAUAUGAUCCUUCAGAAAUCAUACAAAUAUACUGAUUUGGAGCUCAAGAAACAUGUCUUGUUACUACCCGUGCUGAAAACCGUUGUGCUGCUUAAUGUAUUUGUAGACUAAAAACAUAGGAAGAAGUUUUUAAAUGAUGUAAAAAAAUAAAAAUAAAUAAAAAAAAAGUCCCCAAGAAGCUCUGCUUCGUGUUGUGCCUAAUGCUGCCUCUUAGGUCUUCUAAAUUUACUGUAAACCACAGGGCUUAUUUGCUUUCAUAAAACAGUUAGCAUGCCCUUAGUGGGCUAUUCACAAAAUUCACAAAGAAGAUCAAAACUUUUUAAAAACAAUUUCUCUGGCUCAGUAAUAGUGAUAGCAGAAUGGUUGCCAAGCAAAUACACAGACGUGUUGGUGCAGUAAUACUGAUGUAAUGAGGUAACAGAUGUAUGUUUCUAUAUAAUUUACAAUGGCUUCGAAUUGAUUGAUUGAUUGAUUGAUUGAUUGAUGAAAAUUUAGCAAUCAACCAAAACCAAACCUUACUGACCCCAAACUUUUGAACAGUAGUGUACUCAUUCUUCAUUAUUACAGUAUUAUGUUUUUCUACAUUUUGGAAUAAUUGUGAAGUCUAUGAAACCUAUGAAAGACCACACUUGGAGGUAGUGACCAAAAAGUGGAGGAGUAGAAAUCUUUUUCUCUCUUUUCAGCUGCUUUUCCUUUACUGUCCAGUCUAACUCAUCCUUAAAAAAAAGAUCAGUUUCAUUAAGAUUGCGCUUAAUUUUUACACUGUACUUGUUACACAUCUUACUGGUACUAACUGGUAGGAAUAACAGUAAAUUAUGCUAAAUAACAAACAACUAACCCUCAACUAAAACACUAACUUUUAUCAUCAUGUAGUAAGUGCAUGUUGUUAAUUAAUAUUAAUUUAAAAUAAAGUAUUACCAAUAACAAUGAAUAAAUAAGAGAGUUCAAGCAUGUAGGCAGAAGCCUUUUGAUUAGGGCCCGUAUUCACAAAACAUUUGAUCUUAACAUUAACAAUUAGUGAAUAUGCAUAUAAUUAUAAUGCUAUUAAUAAAGCUCUAAACUAAAAAAAAACUAUAAACAGCCUUCUAAUUAAUAGACUGGAAUAAUCAUAACUGAUAGUAAUACAUGUAAACGUAAAAGAAAACCAAACUGGACGCAAAACAGCUGUUAGUUCUUGCCCAACUUGUUAAUGAAAACAGGGAUAUAGUCAAAGGAAAAUCUGGAGUUGGGAUAGCUUCCAAAACCAAAAAAAGGUGCAUGUGAAAACGUGUGCUAAUAAAUGCAGCAUGUUCGUAAAAUGUUUACAUUCUGAGGCAGAUUGUUUGCAACAGCCAUUUUAGGAUAGUUUGUGGCUUGGUCUUAGUGACUUGGGAGUCAUCUUCAUUACUCCUAAUGUUUCACAGAUUUAGGAGCUAGUUUUAGCGCUAAAACACUUUGUCACAGAAAGUCUUCUUAGUUGCCUUUUUCUCUAUCACGUUUUAGAAAUCAUAAGAAAUUAUAUAUCAAUUGAAAACUUAAUCUCAAAAUCUAAAAAUUCAUCCUUUGAAACCCAUUUUAAAAUCAGACAUUGCAUUAUCAUGGAAAUGGUACAUCAAAAUCAUCUUACAAAAUGUUUUCAUUCAUUAAUUAUAAAAAUUUAAGUUUGGAUAGUGCACUAUAAUGUCUAUGUUCAAAACUGUGAGUGACAGUUAAGGGGUUAAGAUGUUUCUUGAAUACGGGCCCAGAAGAUUAAAAAUUAAUAUCAUUCAAAUGUUUCACUGUUAAUGUCAGUUUAUUGUAUACCAGAGUGCAGAAUUAAAAUGAUUAAACAGGAUCAGGAGAAUUUCAAUAACAUUGAAAUUUCAGCAUUUGCUUGUAUUCUGAUAUUUCUGAUCCCAAACAGAAAAAAAGGACAGUUCUGUUGGUGACAGUCCUGAAAAUCAAUGUUCUAAUAAUGAACAGAGGAUUCAAAGUGACUGUUCAGAAAUACUUCCUGAAGAAUAUAUUUCAAAUUACAAAUAUGAUGCUUCCUGGUACCAAGGUCCAUUCACCAAAUCCCUCCAGAGGGCAGAGGCUCUGUUUCGCAACCGUUUUAACCCCAGUCUGAAGUGGCUUAUGGGGCAGAAGGACAAAGAUUGCAGUUGGGACUCUGAGAGUGAGAGCAUCACUUCCUCCUGUUCCUCCAGAAAUAUCCAACGUCUUGGGCAAACUUUACAGAGCCUCAGCUCUCAAUGCCAUACACUCCGUAAUCCUGCAUCAGGAGGCAGGCUUUUUGGCUGUGUCAUAGGUCUUUCUUCCUCUGAGGAAGAUGAUUUUUACCACCACCAUCAGUUUGCAGCCUUCAGCCAGCAUUACUCUCAGCUACAACACCUGAUGGACCACAGAGCUCAGCUGCUUUUCCUCCAUGAGUACAGCCGUCGCACACAUGUGGCCACCUGCUUUGUGGUGCAACUGGACUCAGUGUUGGAGAAGACGCAUCUCCUUCUGGCUGACAGGGGGCAAGUAGCUGAGCAGCCCAACUCCACAUGGAACCUCAGCCUUAGAGCUUUGUGCCAGGAAAUGCAGGUUCACAUCAACCAUUGGGAUCUGCUCUGGGCCAACGCUCAAUCUGACUUCCGUCUCCGCCGUGUACUUUUCAGCCGUGUGAAGACCCUUGCUUCCAUGCGGCAAACUCUACACUUUCUGGGCUUCCAGGCCUUGUGGCUGAUGGAGCGGUGCAUCCACACUGCGCUUUCUGCUUUGGCUGCUGCCCAGCUAGACCGUGUGCCCAGAGAUGCUUUAGUGGACCUGCUGUGUGCGGUUGAGCUGUACAACCAGAUCGUAGAAGACAAGUGGAUCCAGGGUACAACAUCUGCCUGUGACUCAGAGCUCAUGUUCAGCUCAUACGGGCCACAGCUAGGAUCUGUUUUGCUUCGAAACAGAACUGGUCCUAAAAAAUUCCCAAUUGAGCAGUUGAUGAUGAUUCUGGCCCAGAGUCAAGCUCAGAAAGCAGCCGAACAACUUUACACAUGGUCUUCCCAGCAGAGUAACCUCCUCCAUAUGGCAAAAAAACCCAACAAAUUUAAGAGUCACUUUGCACACCCUAAUCUCAAUAGUCAGCUUUCAUCUUCUCCUGAAAUAAACAUACAUACAGUACAACUCGAACCUCAAGCUGCUGUUAAUGAGGUGCCCCAAAAGCCUCUUCACAGCCUCUGUUCCUCGAAUCUUCCAUUCUCUUCAUUUAUCUCGAGAGACAGAGAGUGUCUCGACACCCUCUUUCAAGUCUUAGUGACCUCAACAAAUCUCUUAGCUUCACUUAUUCCCAAAAAACCUCUUUUAGACAGGACAGCUGAUUUGGAGGACUAUGUGUUGAUUUGUCAUGGGGCCAGUGAAGGAGAAGAGAGACUGCUAAACAGGCCCAGAAUGACCUCCAGGACCCACAACGUGGCCGCGAUGGAUCUCAGGAAGUCUGAUGCAUAUAUGAAGCUCUUUUCUUAUUAUAAGAAGCUGCUGUGGAGGGAAUAUCGUAAAGCAGUUGUAAGACACUUUUAUUGUCAGCCAUACAACAGCACUCUGGGAAGUAUCAACCAGUGGAACGAUGAAAUGGUGCUUCAUUUUGUCACAUGGCUCAAACAUUUCUAUAUUGAAGACUUCAUUCCACAGGAAUGUAGAGGAAAUUUGAGCAAUUUCUGCUCUUAUAUUUUAUCUGUUGCUGCCUUCACACAGUGGGAUGAAAUGAUGUGUUUGUCGCUGGGCUCAGGGCUAAAAGAGAAGUGUGUCCCUGGAUUUAAACAGGAAAGAUGUGCAGUGAGGACCGCCACUAUGGAUCUCAUUCUCCAGCUCUUCCCACCUCUGCAUAUUGUUCUUCAGCUACUGCAAUGCCCAGAUGUAGAGUCAGUUGACAGUGGAUCCAAGAGAGUUAAGAAAAAUCAUUUGGGAUUGCUAUGUAGAUCUGUUGCAACUGUCCAGUCCUCUACUGUCUGGGUUAUGAGUAAAGCCUACCAGUUUCUGGCCUCCUGGUCCCUUACUAAGUUCCUGCUGGUCACACAAGGAGAUCUUAAGGAUCUCAAGGAGUCAGUGGAGGGCCUGGUCCACCUCACGCAAGCCGCUGGCAGAAAUUCAGCUCACCCUCUGAUAAUUCAGGAGACAGCCUCACUCUCUAAGGCACUUACAUAUCUACAAGCUUCCUCUGAUCUUGUCCUGAGGACUUUUUCUGUAGACUGCAAGAAAAUGUCUGUGGAGAUCUUUGAGCAAACCAUGCCAUCAGCAAAGCAUUGGAGGAUCAAUCACAAAACCGAGCUGCCCAGCAGUCCUAGUGAUUAUGCAGCCUCUGCAGCUCAGAUUGUGAUUGGUCAGGUGCUGGAGGGUGUUCAGCCUUUGCCUGAUGAUUCUCGUAUUCUUGCUCUCACUGAGGCUAUGACGGCUUUCAUGGAGGCCUGGAUGGAGCACAUCCUUAAACAGAAGAUCAAGUUUAGUAUUCAAGGAGCUCUGCAGCUGAAACAGGAUUUCGACUUGAUUCGAGAUCUCAUUCGUUCGGAGGAAUAUAGCCUCUCAGAUGAGCUGUACCAGAAGCUGCUGUCACUACGUGUUUUUCAUCAGGUGGAUAAUGCAAUCGUGUGCCUGCUUCAGCAGCCUAUGGCCAAACCUUACCUGCCCUCUCGCAGCUGGGAGCCCUUCAGACACUGCUGUCCAAGCAGUGCACAGGUCAUGGAUCAGGCAGCAGGGAGUCUUAAUAAUCUGGAGAGUAUGGACAUACAGGCAGCGUGCCAGCAGGCUCUGACACAAGCUGAGAGCUCAGUGACCCCUGAGCUGCUGUCCUCCUCCCCACCAGAGUCCUACUUGGCCGUGGCUCAGCAGGAAUGGCUGGACCUGCGGAUACACAGCGGCUCACGCUGGAAACUCCCAGUGCUGCAUUGUUUCACUAAAUCUGAACCUUAGUCAAGUGACCAGAGCAGUUAUGUCUGUGUAUACUGGCCCACCUACAGAUCAGUUAUUCAUUCAGAUAUAUGUUGUUAAAUUUGUUAUAAGGAUGUAAUCAGAUGGCGAACCAAACAGUUAAGGUUUCUUGCCAGACAGCUAUAAGUUGAGGGAAUCCUGUAGUAUGUGAAGAUCAACACUGAAUCCUACGUGUGUAGCAUUCGUAUUUUCUGUGAAAAACUGUUUAUCGUCAGAUAAACAAUGUCACUGUUGAUUUACACUGAUCUAAAUAAACUGUGAAAAUAGUAAAAUUA